CCCUCAACAUCCUCCCUUUAUUCCGGGCUUUUUGUUUGCUUUUGUCCUGACACGCAAAACAAAAACUCCUCCGGGGACUGCAGCGGCGAGGCAAGUGUAGGAGGGAGAGCGGUGAUGACAGAGGAGAGGUGUGCCAAAGUGGAGCAGUAUGUUGGUGAGAUUAAAGGUGGCCUGAGACCAACCAUGAAGCUCACAGUCAUAGGCAUGGUACACUCCAAACCCAAGAGCUUUUCAGUGACCCUGCUCUGUGAUCCAGUGGAUGCCAACAAAGAUGUUGGGCUGUUAUUCACAGUUAACUUCAGUGAGAAAUCCAUCACUCGAAAUGCACGAAUUGCUGGGAAAUGGGGAAGAGAAGAGAAGACUAUUCCCUACUUUCCAUUUACAGCAGGCGACACAUUCAAGAUGGAACUCUUAUGUGAACACCAGCAAAUACGAGUCUUGCUGGAUGGACGGCAGCUCUGCGACUUCACUCACCGCGUUCAGCCUCUCAACUUGGUGAAAGCUUUGCGGAUCUCAGGGGACAUCAAGCUUACCAAAGUGGCUUGAAAAAAGGAGACCAGGAUAUCACCAGAGGACAGAGGAAGAUGUACUUUCUCUUGCCUCAGACAUGUUUUGUCUUUUUCCCCUGACUGAUUCUGGGGAGUGGGAACUGUAUCUUUUUAAUUCGCUGAUGUGUUUGAGAUACACACUUUCCCCCCCCCAUACAUACUCACAGCAAUUGCAGAGCUAUGGCCGGUCUGAAUAAAUCUCAAAGCCUUUGCUGAGAAACA